AUGAUUGUACAGAUAGCAAUUAGGGGUCUUGAAGAGUUCCAUGAUGCAAACCAGACAAGGGGAAAAAGCUUGAAAAGAUUACAGUGGGAGGUAGGGGAGAGUUGGAAGACACCGAAAGGGAAAUGGUUUAAAGCAAAUUUUGAUGGGGCUAUUAAUAUGGAACAACAAAAGAUGGGCAUGGGAAUUGUGGUCAAGGAUAGCAAAGGUGAGGUAAUAGCAUCUUUGUGUGGCACACAAGGGUCUGUAACUUCCCCCUUCAUUGCAGAAUUCAAUACCCUUUGGAGAACAAUGGAUCUUUGUUCUGAGUUGGGUAUUCAAGAUGUGAUAAUUGAGGGAGAUGCAAAGGUGCUCAUAAAUGCAAUCAAAGCUGAAACUGAAGAUGAAUCAUGGAGGGGACAGCUCGUGGAAGAUAUGAAGCACAGGUGGAAGAACAAGAAACAAUGGGUUUUGAAGUUCAGAUACCAGAAAGGGAAUGAGGUGGUGCACCAUCUUGCAAAAUUGGCAUUGCAACUAAAUGAAGAAAUGUGCUGGAUAGAAGAAGUUCCUGAGCAUGUAAACCUUUUAGUUCAAAAAGAUAAAGUCUGUAGUGAAAACAAUUUGAUGAAGUGA